AUGGACGGCGUCAAGCAGAUGGUGGCGCGGCCGACGCAGCUGGCGGAGCAGAUGAGCAAGUUCGCGGCGGACGUAUGCACAAGGAAGCAGGAGUGCCUCCAGCUGAAGGAUCGCGCCGACGAACUCAUCCAGCUCCUCCACAAGGCCGCCUGCGCCGACCUCUACCUCCGGCCCGCCCGCCGCAUCAUCUACGACACCGAGCAGGCCCUCGAAAAGGCCCUCGCUCUCGUCGAAAAGUGCCGCCAUUACGUGGUCCUUCACCUCCUCUUCACCAUCGUCCCUGACGCAGCCUUCGUCCAGACGCACGCUCAGCUCCAGAACUCCGUCGCCGACGUGUCCUGGCUCCUCCGCAUCUCCACUCCGGAAUCAGAAGAUGACAACGAUGGUGGCGUUUUCGUUCGCGGCCUCUGCCCCAUCGCCGAGAACGAGCCUGUUUACUGGUUCAUCUGGGACAACAUCGCUGCGAUCAGGAUCGGCGGUCCCACCACUCGUUCCUUGGCGGCUGCCACCCUCGUCCAGCUUGCCAGCGACAAUCGCUUUGCCAGGUUUGUCAUCGAGGAGGACGGCGUCGAACCGCUGCUACGGCUGUUGAAGGAGGGCGAGGCGGAUGCGCGGGAGAGCGCCGCGCGAGCCCUCGGUCACCUAGGGCGCGACGCGGAGAGCGUCGACUAUCUCAUCAGCGCCGGGGUGUGCCCCGCCUUUGCCAAAGCGCUCACGGGUGGGCCGAUGAAGGUCCAGGCUGCCGUAGCCUGGGCCGUCGCCGAGCUUGUCGCCAAACGCCCCAAGUGUCAGGGCAUCUUCGCCCAGAACAACCUCGUCCGCCUCCUCGUCCCCCACCUCGACCUCCAACAGCCCGUCGACUCCGUUUCCUGGCGUCCCCGGCAAGUAUCAGGCCGCGGACGCGGGGGAAGGGAAGUGACGGAAGAUCCCGAUGCCAUGGCCAACAUGAAGGCGAUGGCUGCGAAAGCCCUGUCACAGCUCGCCAAGAGUAAUGCCCACAUCUGCCUGAGCAUCACCGAAUGCGGAACCCUCCUCAACUUGGCGGCGCUACUCGAAAAGGGCACAGGAGAUGCUCGAUACUAUGCUGCAACGGCGUUAUUGGAAAUCGCCCUCGUAGCGGAGCACGACGACGAUCUAAGGUGGUCUGCGUUCAAGCCCAAUUCGCCGUCGGGCAAGGCAGUGAUCGCCCAAUUCGUCCAAAUUGUAAACAAAGGCGAGAACGAACCCGUACUCAUCUCCAGCAUCACCGCGUUAGGCUGCCUGUCGACAGCGUUCCGGGUGACCGAGACCGACGUCAUCGGCGCUCUGGUUCGCCGGGUGGCGGACGAGAACAGCGAGUCGGCAGUGAGAAUGGAGGCAUUGACUGCGCUCACUAAGUUCGCCAUCUCCAGUAACCUUUUCAUCAGCAAUUGCAAGGCCAUGCUUGACGCCGGAGUUGUCGAGCACCUGAUGCAUCUGGUGUACCUCGAAGAACAGCUUCGGAUCGAAGCGUUGGUUCUCCUAUGCCACAUCGUCAAGAAUGUGGCGGAGAGCGAGGGGUUGAAGGAGGCCGUCCAAUGCGUUCUUACGUGGGCUUCGAGGAAUUCCCAACUGGUGCAGGUGAAGAAGGUGGGCGAUUUGCUGCAGGCGGCCGUGGCGGCCUUGGAGGAGCCCUGCGACUCUCAGAGAGAACAGAGAGUUUAA